UGUUUUCAACAUGGAUGCCGAAAAAUCUCCCCUCAAGUCGCUGUUUACGACGCAGACGAACAAGUCUAACCUCAUCCUAUGGCACACAGUCGCUCGGAAUCUGCAGUCGCAGUUACCAGCUGUCUUGUAUGUUAUUUUAAAUAUUUAUUUUGUGCGACGACGUAGCGUUUUUAUAGUUAAAACCUCAAGACAAUACGAAAAUCGAUGCUGAAUGGCGUCUGCCAGGGGCCCGGGGAGUUGAAUAACCGCAAUAUAGGUUAGCGGGGUGACUGAUCGACAAAUUCGUUGACCAAUGGAGAUGGGAUUUCUGGCUUUCUAGCCAAUCAUCGUGUCCGAAUUGCAAAUAGGCGGCAUACAAUGCGGAGGAUUGUUCUGUCAUACAUGUUCCGGGGGGUGUGGCCAUCGCAGAGCGUUUCCUGCACUGGUGCAUGGUGGUCGAACAGGAGGAAUUGUUGGAAAUUUUUCGGAGCAGCUGAAGCAUGCUCUUGGCCCAGAUAAACCGGGACUCCCAGGGAAUGGCAGAGUUUCACGAUGCAGACGGACAGCCGGUCACUCUCUGUCUGACAGAGGCUGUGACAGUGGCAGAUGGUGAUCAGAUGGAGAGCAUGGACACAGUGAGCCUGCAGGCUGUUACUCUUGCAGAUGGCUCCACCGCAUACAUCCAGCAUGAGUCCAAAGCUUCCUUUUCAGAAGGACAGAUCAUGGAUGGCCAGGUGAUUCAGCUGGAGGAUGGCUCUGCUGCCUACGUUCAGCAUGUAUCAAUGCCUAAAUCAGGAGGGGACAGUUUACAGCUUGAAGAUGGGCAGGCAGUGCAGCUAGAAGAUGGAACAACUGCCUACAUUCACACACCCAAAGAUGCAUAUGACCAGAGUGGCCUCCAGGAAGUGCAGCUGGAGGACGGCAGCACGGCCUACAUCCAGCACACGGUCCACAUGCCCCAGUCCAACACCAUCCUGGCCAUCCAGGCUGACGGCACCAUCGCAGACCUGCAGACCGAGGCCACGGCUAUCGACCCCGAAACCAUCAGUGUCCUGGAACAGUACACCGCCAAGGUGGAGAAUAUAGAAAACCCCUUGGGCUCUUUUGGCAGAGUGGAAGCAGAUAAUGGCGUCCACAUGCGGAUUGUGUUACAGGGUCAAGACAACAGGCCAGGAAGGGUGGGAAAUGCAGGAGAGAAGUCUUUCCGCUGUGAAUACGAGGGCUGUGGAAAGCUCUACACCACUGCCCACCACCUCAAGGUACACGAACGCUCCCACACCGGAGACAAACCAUACGUCUGUGACUAUCCUAGCUGUGGGAAGAAGUUUGCAACAGGGUAUGGACUGAAGAGUCACUCACGCACACACACAGGGGAGAAGCCAUAUAGAUGUCAAGAGCUCAACUGCUCAAAGUCAUUCAAAACAUCUGGAGACCUUCAAAAGCACACAAGGACUCAUACAGGAGAGAAGCCUUUUAAAUGCCCAGUCGAAGGCUGUGGCAGGUCAUUUACCACCUCCAACAUCCGUAAAGUUCACAUCCGAACACACACUGGUGAGCGGCCGUAUUACUGCUCCGAGCCGAGCUGUGGUCGCUCCUUUGCUAGUGCCACCAACUACAAGAACCAUAUGAGGAUUCACACUGGUGAAAAACCAUAUGUGUGUACAGUGCCUGGGUGUGAAAAGCGCUUCACGGAAUACUCCAGCCUCUACAAACACCAUGUUGUUCACACACCCUGUAAACCUUAUAACUGCAACCACUGUGGGAAAACAUACAAGCAGAUCUCCACGCUUGCCAUGCACAAACGCACAGCACACAAUGACACAGAGCCCAUCGAGGAGGAGCAGGAGGCCUACUUUGAACCCCCAGCAGAUGCCAUUGAUGACCCUAACGUGAGCUACACAGCGACAGUGGUCGAGGCAGAUGACUCCAGCUCAGAGCAGGUGCCCAUGGAGAGCUCUGACAUAGUUGGUCAGCAGCAUGUUGCCUUGGUAACGCAGGAAGACGGAACACAACAGCAGGUCAGUAUCUCUGACGCUGACUUGCAUGCAAUGGGUGGAACAAUCACCAUGGUAACUCAAGAAGGCACAACUAUAACCAUCCCGGCGCAUGAACUGACAACGCAAGGUCCUCACUCGGUCACCAUGGUAACGACGGAUGGCUCAGAUGAGCAGGUGGCCAUCAUGACACCCGACAUGGCCUCAUUCCAAACUGUGGAAGAGGCAGGCUACAGCCAAGAACAGGAUGACAUUCAUCCUGUCACAUUACUGGCCACCUCCAACGGGACUCACAUUGCUGUGCAGCUCAGUGACCAGCCUUCACUGGAAGAAGCCAUCAGAAUAGCAUCAAGAAUACAGCAAGGAGAGUCGCCCGGUCUGGAUGAUUGAUGGACUCAUUAUGGACUAUGAGUUAGCAUCAAAACCAUCUCAAUUGGACUAUAUCACUGCGAGAAAUCACAAGUCUUCCUUAAUGAUUUUUCCCCACAGAAGGGCUUAGUUUGUGUAAAUAGACUUUUGAUAACUGGAGUUCUUUUGUGCUGUUUUGCCCCUCAGCCAAAUAGAUGGGAAAGUAAUUUCUAAUGAUCAUGUUGCACAGUGCAGUGUACAGCUAAUGCUAUUUCUAAUAAAAAAAAGAGAAAGAUUGUGGGAUUAAUUGAUGGCGCUUAAUUUUGAACACCCCAGUCCUUGUAAAUUUUACAGAAACUGACACAUAUAGCAGAGGUGCAGAUUAGGUUUUUCAGUUUGUGAAUAGUCCAUGAAAUGGAAAGCAUUUGCUUUUUAAGCCACCUUAGACCUAAGCAUUGGUUCAAACUAAUUGACCACACUUACA